AUGCAUCCCCUACAAUGGCCAACACGAGGCGGUCAUUCGAACACAGACCAGCCUGAUGAUGACCAAAUUGCCCACGAACUUGAUCCUUUGGUACCUGUUGCCGCUCAUGAUACGCAAGAGGAUGAUCUUCGGGCGCAUACGGUCGAGGCUGAUGACUCUUCUGUGGCAUCGGCCGAGACCCCGGGACCGUUUCGACACUCGGCGCGGAAUCAGCAACGACCGGGAGCGAUGCCCAGGGUUGAGGUGAGGUUAUCUGAAGCCCUCGUCAACAGUCUUCCUUAUCAUACGCCAAUUCAAAAGCCGGAGGGCUACCCAGAGCUGAAGUACAAGCCCUUACUGCUACACCGUCGGCUACUAAUUCCCCUGGUUGUAUUUUAUGUCUGCUGCUUGGCCUUUGUUGCGACACUCGUGGCGCUGAACACCUUAGCACCAACAGACCUUCACAUCAGAAAGUCUGUGGGCUAUAACGUUUUCAACUACCUGCCCUCGGUACUGGGCUCACUCACUACAACCACGUUUCGCUCAUUGACCUCGUCGUACGGUCAGCUUUUGCCUUACCUCACAAUGAGUACCUCCACCUUCCAUAAUCCACGGAGGAACGAUGUGCACAACACGAAGACGAUCUUUGAAGGGUCUUUGGUAUCAGUCGAUAUAAUCCCCAAUAAUCUUGGAUUGGGCCUGCUCCGAUAUGGCCACUAUCUCACUUUUGCAUUGUUCUUGUUGCGGCUCAUUGUCAGCGCGCUUUUUGCGUCCUUAAAAGCAGCCUUGAUUCGUGUAACACCGGACUCACACGGUUGGCAGGUAUCCGUCUCAAAUCAUGCGGGUUAUGCGCUGAUAGCCGGAUAUACGGGCAUAAUUGCAAGCACUUUAGCUAUCACAGUCCGUACUUGGGAUGCAACUACCGGCCUCAAGUGGGAUCCUGGCAGUUAUGCGGCUCAAAUCGCAUUGCUCCAGAAUUCCAACGUACCCGCCGUGGUACGUGCUCUUGAUUUGGAUGCGUCAGCUCCACACUACGUCUUCUCAAGAAAGUUACGCACCAUACCAGCGUCACUUGGACCACUUCGACUUGGCUACUGGCGAGCUGCGGAGGACGAGACAAAGAUCUUGUACGGGAUUGGGUUCAUGGGAAGCCCGAAAGAGACUAUACGGACCCGUCAAUCUCUGAACCAUGGUUCUCGCUCACCCGAGGCUGUGAACGUCAAUGUCGAAUUUGAAACAAGCACAAGACAUGGGAGUGCGGUUCUGUCGACCGACUUCAACAGGGACGAGUACAAGAACCCGACGCCAGAACGAGAUCGCUACUUCUGUGCAGACUUCUGGCACUCGGAUUUGAUGCUUUUUAUCGGGUUCGCCCUGUGCUGCACUGUAACGGGGGUUCUAGUUUGGUUCAUAACCUCGGGCAAGCUGAAGAGUGGCUGGAUCUUUGAGCAUUCCGCCCCAUCGAAGGGCGCGCCUACUUGGGUGCGGCUACGUGAAAUCUUCAUCCCGAUCAUUCCAGCCAUGGUCAACUCUCUGAUAAAUCAGCUUUGGUUUAGUGCGGGCGUGUUCUAUCGCGCCUCGGCGCCGUUGGCGGGCAUGUUCGUUCCGCGCGACGCCAGAGAGAACAUUCUGCUCGACUACCUCUCGCCAAACUCUGUGACGACCAUUGUGGUUGGAGUUGGAAAUCGGCACUGGAGAGUCGUGUGGUUUACGCUGCUCACUAUCGUCGCUCCUUACCUAAGUGCCUUUGCGGUCAACAUAUUUCAACUUUCCAGAGGCGACCAUGCCGACCAGCUUACGAUCCUCCCGACAAACCUGUACAUUUCACUGGCAGCCAUCUCAUUGUACGCCAUCAGCUGUAUUCUGGCACGUCCGCCAAUCGAGUACCGCUUCCCGCGAAUGGUCCUCAGUAUCGCCGACCUCCUCUCCUACUGCUACGACUCGUCACUCAUGACAGCCCCAGAAUUCUCGGUCCAAGACCCCGACGACGAGGAGAUCCAUCUCCAGUCCAAGAUCCACCUGGCCAAACGAAAGUACCAUUUCGGUUUCUACAAAGGCACAGACGGCAUGCGCCAUCUCGGCUUCGACGCGAAUGACUCCUCCAGUGGCUCGGGCGAAACGGCUGUGUCGGUCCAUCACGUCGUCCCGGGCAAGUAUCCUGUCUUUCCCUGGCUGAGACCCUGGUGGAUUGGAUCGCGCCGCCACGAGCACUGCCGCCCUCGUCUCGAUUGGCUUCCAUUUGCAGAUGCGUCGUCCCAUGCAGUCCAGCACGAAGAGGCCACCGGCGGACUCGCACGAAUGAAUUCGACAGCGGACUCGUUCGCUACCGCGCCCGAACUCCCCGCCGGCGAGUCGGGUCAUGAUGGCCAGAUCCUCCAACCAAUCCGCCGCGUGGAUACGCUGCUGAGCGUGGAAGCUGGUCUCGGUCAUCAUCAUCAUCAUCAUCAUCAUCAUCAUCAUCAUCAUCAUCAUCAUCAUCAUCAUCAUCAUCAUCAUCGGCGUGCAUUCCAGCCCGCUGUCGGCAGCAGUGGUGUCACGAGAAGACUUGGAGAGAGCCACCAUUUACAACAAAGACCUCCACUGGAUGAUGAGUACCCUAGUAGUCUUGAGACCCCGUGA